AUCAGUGCCACAUGAAUGCCACAUAUCAGUGCAUACCAUCAGUGCCACCUAUCAAUGCCAAUCAGUGCCACCUAUCAGUGCUGCCAAUCAGUGCCGCCUAUCAGUGCCAGUCAGUGCCGCCUAUCAGUGCUGCCUAUCAGUGCCAUGUAUCAGUGCUGCCUUUCAGUGCCCAUCAGUGAUGCCUGUCAAUGCCCAUCAGUGCCACCUACCAGUGCCUCAUCAGUGCCCAUCAGUGCCACUUAUCAGUGUCCAUCAGUGCAGCUAUCAGUGCCCAUCACUGCAGCCUCAUUAGUGCACAUCAGU